AUGGCCUCAAGCUCGGGGCAGCAAGUGAAAGAUUUGGAUGCCCAAAGGGGCGAUGAGGCGAGGGAUGAAGAGAGUUUAGGUGCAGAUUGGGAGCGGCAACUGGCCAGGGUCAGCGAAAUGUCAUCUGCAGUUCAACAGAUGACGCCCAUCCUAACUAACCUCCGAAAAGAAUGUAAAGCUUUACAAGAUCGUCAGCGAUCACUGGAGAGCGACAUCAACCAACGACAAGACCACCUUACACAGCUCAACGAGGAGAUCGAGAAGGCCCGAAACGAGCGAGAGCUUCUGAAGCAGACCGAUAACUCAUGGUGGAAUUCUCGACCAUUAUCUGCUUCAGCUUCCAUGACGUCUAUCAGUGAGGGUGAUGUACAAGGUAAAUUGAAUAGGAGGGUCUGGUUAUUGGACGAGCAAGUACACUUGCUCAAGCAAGAGAAAGUAAACAUGAAGAGGGAGUUCGAUGAUGAGCUGGAGAGAGAAAGAGCUAUUUCGUCCGGAUUGAGAGAUAGAAUAUCUGAUUUGGAAGUGAAGAGAAAGAAGUUGAAAGAUGACAAUCAAGCGUAUCAAACACGAGAAAGGGAGCUAGAGACUAAAGUCGGUAAUCUCGACUUGGAGAUCAAGGAGAUCAGGGAUAGUCGAAAUGAAGAUAUUAUCGAUAUGAAAGAGAAUAUGGUGAAGGGCAAGAAAGAAUCUGACGAUUUGAAAGAGGAGAUUGGGAGAUUGAAAGAGGAGAGGGAUAAUGCUGUGGCGGAAAUGAUGACGAUGAGGGAGCAAGCUGUAGAUCAGGUGCUGAAAAGUCCCAAGAUACUUCAAUCUCAAGAUCUCAACGUUCCCUCCUCCCAGCUCUCCUCUCAACCUAUGACACCUACCAAGCCCAAAUCGUUCAAGCCAUUCACACCCCUUCUUACAUCGCCGUCUUCUCGUAUAGCUCCACCCUCGCCGACCUCUCUCGCAAGGCAAUACGCCGUUAUUGAAGCGAGAUGUAAUCAUCUACAAGCUGCUUAUAACCAUCAAUCGGAAGCUCAUAAGCUCUUGCUGACUGAGCAUAACAAGUUAAGAAAAAUCCAUCAAGAGGAUAUAGACCAUAUGAAGAAAUAUCAGGCUUCACAGAUUGAGAGAAAGAAGAAGAAGGAUGAGAGACGAGCUCAAAAGAAAGCUAGACAAUCACAGGAAAUGAGGGAAAUGACGGGUACACCUGGCGAUAUCACUAGCUCAGGUAAGACCGUUGGUGGUCAAGAUGAUGGACCUAUACAAAUAGAAACCGUUCAUAAUGUUGUGUUGGUGGAGGAAAGUGGAUCUCUACCACAUGUCAGGAAACAAGAAUCAAAAGGAAAUGAUCAAACAAUGGAUGAAGAAGAAGAAUAUAUGGCUUAUGCCGAACAAGGAAAUGAUGGGAAUCCGAACGAGAGGAUGAUGGAUAUCGAUGUUCCACCUCAUAUGACAAGUGGUCAACUCGUGGAUGGCAUCAACGAAUAUCAACUACCUCGCUCAUCACUUCGUCCAGCUUAUAAUACAUCUACUCAACAAGCUGGCUCUCAUGAGAAAUCAAACAAACCUAACUCGUCCCAUCAAGUACUCUCUAGGUAUGAUCGCUCCAAUUCUUCUCAUUCUGCUCCUGCAUCGAGAAGGAGCGGAUCACCUCCUCGGCCUCCAACUUCUCAACGACCACGGCGACCCAAUACCUCCUCGUCUGCUUGCACCCCUCAACAAUCCCGCCGAACUACCGCCACCUCUCAAUUUUCCAAACGAAUCGUUCGACCUACUCACGUAACUCCGUGGCUGGGAGUGGAGAAUGCUGGUACGUUUAGCUCCAACAGGUCAAGAUCCCAGUCACCUACCAAGAAGCAACGAGUCAAGCAGACCACAAACGAGGAUGAUGACUUUGCUUCUCCACCUGAUCAAUUCACUGCGACACCGACGACCAUCAGAACACCCUUAGUACGAGACAGAUUAGGUGGUGGUUCCGCUAUACUGUGUGGUGAUAGUUUGAGGAAGAAGGUGAUGCGACAGACUGUACAUGAUCAUGAGACGCCGAGGAACGCCACUCCUGGUCCAAGCACUGGUACCGGUACUGGUACUCGGACCCCCACCCAGUCUUCUGGAUUGAUGUCGACAGAGAAGAAAAGGAAGAUAAUCGAUAUUGAGACUGAGGGAUUAUCGCCUUCGGAGAAAGCGCUUAAAUUGAAGAGCUUAGCGAAGAUGCCUGUGAAUGAGAAAAGGGAGUUGUAUAAGGGAUAUAAAGGGAAUGGAAGGUAUCUCAGACCAGAAGAGAUGGAUAAGACGUUUGGAGAAGAAUAUGAAAUUAAUCCUUCUCAGAACGAAGGGAAUAAUUUCGCUUAUCAUGAUGUGAGAAGAAAGAAGGCUGAAAGGAGAAAUAUGCAUGGAGGGGAUUGUGAAUGUUGUAAAGAUUGGUACGAAGAGAUUGGUGAUAUACCUAGAUUUAAUCAAGCCCCGAAAUGGCGAGAUGACGCUCGACCCCAUGAACAUGGGAGUGAUCGAUCGGUGUCGGACCAUGUGAGAGAACAUCAAAAUAUGGUAUCCAGACAUCGAGAGACGUGGGUGAAACCGCCUACUCCACCUGGAUAUUGGAAGAUCGGUUUCCCCUCGACUCAAGAUGUAAGAGAUCAGAAUGAACAGGCUGAUAAGAUGAUUAAAGAAAAAGAAGUGAGGAUAAAAAAAGAAGCCCUGUAA